AAGCUUUAAAAGCUGAUCCCAGGUCUGCUCUGACAGGGAACAACAUUCCGCCUAGCUGCUGCGCUCUUUAGCUCCUCCUACUGUUUCCUGUGAGUGAAACCUGGUUACUGUAUAAACCUUAAAAACAAAUGGAAACUUUAUGUUGUUCUAAAAUCACCUUGACUUUUUGAGCAACCUGUAUUAAAGAUGGCCUGUGACUCAAUUGAUCCUUAUGUAUUUUCAACUGACACAUUGCCCUCUGAUCCACGGUUCUUGCCUUCACUGGUUAAUGGAACCCUGGGAUGGAGAGUAUUUGGGAAAGUCAUGCAUAAGGCUGGAGUCUAUAAUGGAGAGGGUGGAUCCUGUCACAGAGCUGAUUUACCAUGUCCGCUCGCAGUAACAAUGAAGACCAAGGAUGGAAAACACACUUAUAGUUUGGACACACAUACCGGUAUAUUCUCACACGCAAUUCUUACCUCUUGUGUGGAGGCAUCUCAGCUGUUCUAUGCUCACCGACAGUACCCCAACCUGCUGGUUAUGGAAGUGCUACUAAAGAGACACUCUCCUUCUGAGGAACCCAUUACAAUCAUGCUUGACAAUUCUUUUACACCACACAGUGAUGACAUCGAUUUUCAAAAAGCUUCUGACUAUAAAGGAGGAAGGCACAUCUUUGGGCAGACUAUGUCAGCAGAAGUUCCUGGAUGCCUUCGUCCCAGUGUGCACAUGAUCUGGACCCCUGUGAUCUCCAGCAUUACUUUACUUCCGGACCAGAGCCAGGCUCACUGGUACUUCUUGGUUGCUGUUUCAGAGAGCAGCGAGAGUGCCCAGUCUUGUUUUGACACUGGUCUGGAGCUUGUUCAACAGGGCAAUCUGCAGAAUUCCCAUGUAACGGCAUGGGCAGAGAUAUGGCUAGGUAGCAGAGUGGAGCUGGUGGGACCUACACCACUGAGCCAAGCUGUGAUUGGCUGCAUGUUCUACCUUCUUAGUGCAUUUCCGUCCCUGACAGAGGCACCCAGUCAAUUUGGGGGCAUUAGUCCUGGAGGUCUGUCUAAUGGGGGACAUGGACAGGGACAGGACUACUGGGGACAUGUGCUGUGGGAUCAGGACAUAUGGAUGUAUCUAAGCAUUGCACUUUUUCAUCCGAAAGUGGCCAGAGCUGUUUUGGACUACAGAAUGCACACAAUAGAAGGUGCACAAGUCAAUGCACAGCAGCAGGGCUGUAAGGGAUUAAAGUUUCCAUGGGAAAGUGCUUUUACUGGUCAAGAGGUGUGUUUUAUGGACAUCUAUGGUCAGCAAGAGAUUCAUAUUAAUGGAGAUGUAUCAUUUGCUUUUCAGCAGUACCUCUACUUAACACAGGACCUGCAACUAUUCAGAGAAGGAUGUGGCAGUGAUGUGGUUUGGGGCAUAGCUGAUUAUUGGGUGUCCAGAGUUGUUUGGAACCCUGAUGACCAGCACUACCACAUCAAAGGAGUGAUGCCUCCUGAUGAGUACAACAGCAAUGUUGACAAUUCAGUGUACACUAACACUGUGGCCAAAUACAGUCUGCAGUUUGCUGUGGAGUUGGCUCAUUUGCUCCAGCAUCCUUCAUCUUCAGAAUGGCAGGAAGUGGCUGAUAAACUGAAAAUCCCCUAUGACCCGGAGCUGAAAUAUCACCCAGAGUUUGAUGGUUACAAAAUGGGAAGUCCAGUGAAGCAGGCAGACACAGUGCUGCUAGGAUACCCUUUGGGUUUGCCUAUGAGUUCAGAGGUGAGACGAAAUGACCUAGAAUUCUACGAAGCUGUCACUGACCCUCAUGGUCCAGCUAUGACUUGGAGUAUGUUUGCAGUGGGUUGGCUGGAGCUUGGGAAAGCUGAGAAAGCACAACAGCUUCUCCUAAAGUGCUUUAAAAAUAUUCAAGGACCCUUUAAUGUGUGGAGUGAGGAACCUGGUGGCUCAGGUGCCGUCAACUUUCUCACUGGCAUGGGUGGAUUUCUGCAGGCUGUGCUGUUUGGGUACACUGGCUUCCGAAUCAAAAGAGACUGUCUGUGCUUUGCUCCACUGCUACCUGAUGAAGUGACUCAGUUCAGUGUGAAAGGUGUGAGCUACCUUGGUAAUAAGCUGGACUGGUUAAUGAGCAGAGAGGACGUCAGUGUUGUAGUAAGAAAGCAGACUGAAGAUUCUGGGACUGAUGAGCCUUGUCCUCUAGAGAUUGUACUAAAGACUUCUGGAAACCCAAUUCCACUUCAUCCAGGCCAGUUGGUGACUUUUCCAUGGCAACCUGGAAGGAUACAAAAACAAAUCUCUACCUCAUAUUGCUGGCCUCUGUAAUCCACAUAUAGUUCACUGAGAUAAGAUAUACCUUUUAAAGAUUCACACUAUACAAUCAUAUGUAUACUAUGUAAAACAUUUGCUAGUGUUUAAAGAUCCAUUUAAAACACUAAUUAUUUAUAGUAUCAUGAAGAACAAGAAGUGGUAUCAUUUUAACUGCACAAAUUGUGUUCCCUUUAUAAAGCAAAAUAAAUCUAAUGAAUCAUGCCACAAUUUUCUCAUGAAUUUAAUUAAUUGAGUGAUGAUUUAAGAUCCAAAUGGUUCAUGCUCUAUUAAAGGUGUCUAAAUUGUAUUUCUAUUAUAAUUGCUCUGGAUUUAAUCAUUAUACCUGCUGUAAGAAAAGUAAUUGUUCCUUUUGCCUCUUUUAUUGCAUUAUUGCAUUCUUGAAUCUCAGUGGUGCUAUUGGCCGGCUGGCGUCCACACAUAUGACUGACCCUGUUCAGGGUAUUCCUGGCUUGCGCCCAGUGGAACCAGACCUGCAGUGACCCUGACCAGGAUAAAGCGGUUAAUGAAAUUGAAAGAAAAGAAAAAAAAACAUCAUUACACAUUGGGAACUUGUAAAACAUUAUUUAAUGUAUUAAUUUAACAAGGUUAUUCAACACCUAUAUAUCACUUCUGUAAAAAAUUAUUGCACCUUUGGAUACUCCAGCUAAUUGUAACUAAUUGAUAAUAGCCAGGCUUGAUUUUAGCCAAAGCUCUGUAGACUUUAAAUUUCACUUGUCUUAAAGCUGAUCAUCAAAGUCAAGCAGUUCUUUUAGAGUUUCUACCAAACACUAUGCAGUAAUUUAAGUUCAUUUAAAAAAACCUUAAAAAUUGACCUGUAUGAUAUUGAAAAAGGUUUAAAGCCAAUUUUACAGCUUUAGGACUCCAACGAACCUGCAGCGAUAGCCAUUAUCUCUAACUAGAGCAGUGGUGAAUCUGUCGAGGAAUGGAUGGCCUGCUGAAGUGGUGUUUAUUUGCUAAACUUAACUUUUUGGAAAAAAUGUUAAGUAAAAUGUGACAUGCAAAAUCGAACACAUAUUUUGUGUAUUAUGUAUUAAUUGUCCCAUAUGUGAAAUUUAGCAAAUAAAUAGUGAG